AUGUAUUGUGAGAGGUUUAUAUGUAUCCUGAGAAUACUUGGAACCACACUCUUUGGGGUGUCCCUCCUGCUGGGAAUCACCGCUGCUUACAUUGUGGGCUACCAGUUCAUCCAAACAGACAAUUACUACUUCUCCUUUGGACUCUAUGGUGCUAUCCUGGCAUCACAUCUCAUCAUCCAAAGCCUGUUUGCCUACCUAGAGCACAGGAAAAUGAAACGAUCGCUAGAGACUCCAAUCAAACUGAACAAAACAGUUGCCCUUUGUAUUGCUGCCUAUCAAGAAGAUCCUGACUACUUAAGAAAAUGUUUACUUUCUGUAAAAAGAUUGACCUACCCUGGAAUUAAAGUUGUUAUGGUCAUUGAUGGGAACUCAGAAGACGACGUUUACAUGAUGGACAUUUUCACUGAAAUCAUGGGUAGGGACAGUUGUGCCACUUAUAUCUGGAGUAAUAACUUCCAUGACAAAGGUCCGGGUGAGACAGAGGAGUCUCACAGAGAGAGCAUGCAAUACGUAUCUCAGCUGGUCCUGUCCAACAAAAGUGUUUGCAUCAUGCAGAAAUGGGGUGGAAAAAGAGAAGUAAUGUACACAGCAUUCAAAGCACUGGGGAGAAGUGUGGAUUAUGUACAGGUCUGUGAUUCAGAUACAAUGCUUGAUCCAGCCUCAUCAGUGGAGAUGGUAAAAGUUUUAGAAGAAGAUCCAAUGGUUGGAGGAGUUGGAGGUGAUGUACAGAUUUUGAACAAAUAUGAUUCCUGGAUCUCCUUUCUGAGCAGUGUGAGAUACUGGAUGGCAUUUAACAUCGAAAGAGCCUGUCAGUCCUACUUUGGUUGUGUACAGUGCAUUAGUGGACCUCUGGGAAUGUACAGAAACUCUUUACUCCAUGAAUUUGUGGAAGAUUGGUACAAUCAAGAGUUUAUGGGCUCCCAGUGCAGCUUCGGAGAUGACAGGCAUCUAACUAACAGAGUGCUAAGUCUGGGCUAUGCAACAAAAUACACAGCAAGAUCCAAGUGCCUCACGGAAACACCGAUCGAGUAUCUCAGGUGGCUGAAUCAGCAGACCCGCUGGAGUAAAUCCUACUUUAGAGAGUGGCUUUAUAAUGCCAUGUGGUUCCACAAGCACCAUUUGUGGAUGACCUACGAAGCUGUAAUCACUGGAUUCUUUCCUUUCUUCCUUAUUGCCACAGUCAUUCAGCUCUUCUACAGGGGAAAAAUCUGGAACAUCCUCCUCUUCCUGUUGACAGUUCAGUUAGUUGGCCUGAUAAAGUCUUCCUUUGCCAGCUUCCUUAGGGGCAACAUUGUCAUGGUCUUCAUGUCACUCUACUCAGUGUUGUACAUGUCAAGUUUACUGCCAGCAAAGAUGUUUGCAAUUGCCACAAUAAACAAAGCAGGGUGGGGCACGUCAGGAAGGAAAACCAUUGUAGUUAAUUUUAUAGGACUCAUUCCAGUCUCCAUUUGGUUUACAAUCCUCCUAGGUGGCGUAAUUUUCACUAUUUACAAGGAAUCAAAAAAGCCAUUUUCUGAGUCAAAACAGACAGUUCUCAUCAUUGGCACAAUACUCUAUGCAUGUUACUGGGUUUUGCUUUUGACUUUGUACAUGGUUCUUAUCAACAAAUGUGGCAGGCGGAAGAAAGAGCAACAACACUACGACAUGGUGCUAGACGUAUGA